CCCGCGCGGAGGCCUGGUUCUCCUCGCGUCGGGCCCUCGGGCGGCUCGCGGCGGCGCGGCACGCACCCCGGCCCGGCAUGGCCUGCUGGGUGUUCUGUAACCGCUGCUUCCAGCCGCCCCGCCGGACCUCGAGCUUCAGCCUGACCAGCUGCGGCCACGUGUACUGCGACGUCUGCCUGGGCAAAGGUCAGGCAAGGUAGGAAGGGUGAAUGUCUGAUCUGUAAAGUCCCUUGUCAUACGGUCUUACUUUCAAAACAUACUGACUGGCACAUCCAAGCAUUCUUCAUGGGCAUCGACAGGCUGUGUAAGAAGUACUCAAAGGAGACCUCGCAGGUGCGUGGGCCACAUCUUGCUCAGAUUUCAGAGUUUCAAGACAAACACAGGAAAAGACUGUUGGCCUUCUAUAGAGAAAAGAUUUCUAAGCUGGAAGAGUCCCUCCAGAAGUCAGCGCUGCAAAUAGAGCAGCUGCAAAGCACGAGAUCAGCACAGCAGACAAUUUUCAGCACCGGGAAAAUCCCAGCUUCAACUCCUCCCGCUGAGCUAAGAGGACAUCUGCUCCUGGCCCCUGACGCAUUGGCCUCUGGAAGAGUGGAGUCCAUGGAAGUUGACCUCACUCCUUCCCCGAUGAGAAAGCCUGAGAUCGCAGCUGGCCCGACGAGAAUCUCCCUCAUUAGUCCUCCUCAAGAUGGGCGCAUGGGCGGCAUCUCCCACCAUGGCCCUCAGCGCCCCAGUCUGACGCCUCGUCUCGCCAGCGUGCCGCCAGCACCCAGCAGAGUCCCACCGCUGCAGAUCCCGGGCAAGGGGCUGUCCCCAGCGCCAGCCCCCCUGGUCCCCGGCGGCGGGGGGAGAGGGGGCACACCCAGCCUCGGAGGCGCCCAGGCCGCUGGCCAGCAUCUUCCGGCUGCUGCAGAAGCAGCACUUAGGCAAGUACAGGCGGUGCAGAGCAGAGCUGGUCGAGGAGGAGCCAUCGGAGGUUCCAAACCCGUGACACCAAGCCUCGCUCUUGCCGUUGUGGCCCUGAGCCUUCGGCCAGUGGUUCAGCACGGGGGCGGGAAGCUGAGCUACGUCCUCAGCCUGGCUCUCCUGGCUUCCCGCAGGGUCCGCCGGCCUUGGGAGUCACACACGCCAGGCGAACGUGGUCCUGCCCCUCGACUCUGUUGACACCUGGGUCCAAGGCCAGCCCGUGAGCAGACAUUAGCAGGCAGUGUGUCCUCUUCUUUCUUGAUGGAAUAAUUAAGUAAUGCAGUUGAAUAAAGCUUUCUGCCUGGGGAA